AUGCUGGCUUUGAAAACCCUGUCUCUACUUGUUGCAUCCGCUGUAGCCAUACACAGUGCCAGUGCCAUUGAGCAGGGACAAGGCGGUGGAAAUAUGCAGUCUUCGGAUCUGCCCCCGACGUCAGCGUUUGAGUCCGCUCCCGAAGCACCGGAAGAUGCUUCACCUGACGCCGACGGGACCGGCGAACCAGAGUCCGCUUACACGAGCGAAGGCGAGAAUGCCUACGAUACCACCGAUCUGAAUACCGGCAACGGUGUGGACGAAUCGUCGGUUGUUGACCAGGAGAGCAGCUCGCUGUCCGAUUCAAGCGGCACUACCGACUUGCCAGCCGAAUCGAGCAGCUCUGGUUUCUCGAGUCUCGGGUCAAGUGACUCUGGUGACCUGAACACGGAGGUGGAGUUCACUUCAACUUCAGCUUUGGGCUCUGCUGCUGUCGAUGAGACUUCCUCGCUCUCAGGCAGCUUGCCAAUCGACAACUACUCGACGGGGUCGUCGGAUGUAAUGAUGGGUACAUCAGGCUCAGAACCGAGCAUGGAUCCGACACCGGAAGAUUUGAUGACGGAGGAUGUGACUCAGGACGACGGCAUGCCGACAAACGAAGAUGGCGGUGCGGCUACUGUCCCUACUGACGAAAUCGAGAGUCAACCGGAUGUGUCGAGCCCGACUGAGAGUGAGUUGGAAACCCCCGAUUUGACGGAUGGCUCGACUGCCACUGAAAGCGAUGUCCCAGAGAUCGUCCCGACCACGGGAGCAAGCUGCAAGCGCCGUCUGCGCCGGAACUAG